CCCGACACAGGCAUUGCCAGCAGAAUGGAAUGGAAUAUCAUGCAAUUGAGAGCCGUCUAAAUGAAUGAGUCGAAAGCAAUUAAGGGAGCUGCAGUUAGCAGAAUGAAGCUGUCGAAGGCCUAAACCUAAGCAACAUAAUCGCCGAAACGUGCGGCAAUUACAUGGAUGCUUGAGGAAGUUGAAUGCCAAACAUCUGCCUCUGCCUCUGCCUCUGCCACGUAUAUAAUUUGCAAUGGGAACCCAAGAAAAUUCAAUUAACAGACUGGGGGGACACAGGCACGUGCCACCGCCAAACACCAAACACACUGACGCUGACGCUGACGCAGACGCCCGACGCUCCCGACUAUAAAACUCUAUAGACAUGAACAAAAACCCAUCUCUGUACUCCAUGUGGAGGGCCCACUCAGACGGACUGACGCAACAUCCCAGCUCAUUCAUUCGCACUCGUAAUAGAUGAAGAAUCAUCAGUCGAUUACAGCACUCUUCCUGCUGCCGCUGCUCCUUUGGCUAAUCAUAAUGGGAGAAGGGCAAUCGCAAACUCAGGACUGGAAAGAUCAGAUCGAACUCGAUGACGACACUUCCGAUGAUGAGACGAUCAUGGAGCGUCGCUGGCAGAUUGGCUACGAGCAAUAUCGCAUUCUCUGCGAGAAGUUUACAGAGAAGAAGAAGGAGGAGACUUCUCCAGUGAGCACUCGAAUCGCUGGCGGGGAGCUGUCCGAUGCGGGAAUGUUUCCCUAUCAAGUGGGUCUGGUUUUGCAGCUGAGCAACGGAGAUCUCAUACAGUGUGGGGGAUCCCUCGUCACUCUGCAAUAUGUGCUGACCGCGGCCCAUUGCCUGACGGAUGCCAUCGCUGCCAGGAUUUAUCUGGGCGCGCUGCAGCUAGCCGAAAGAGGAGCUGCGGCGGAGGAGUUCCUCGUGCCACACAAGGAGUUCAGGAUAUAUCCAGGCUACCUGGGUUUUGGCGCCUACAAUGAUCUGGCAUUGAUACGCCUGCCCAGACCUGCCACAGCCUCAGCUCGAGUGCAAAUCAUCGCCUUGGCGGGUGAAUUUAUGCAACAAAAGUUCCUCGAGCUGCAGCCAGUGACCGUUUCGGGCUGGGGCAGCUUGGGUGACUCUGCCGUGGAGCGUACCCGGCUGCUGCACUAUCUGGACACGGAGGUGCUCGACCAGGAGCGCUGCAUGUGCUCCUUCCUGCCCGGAUUGGUUAGCACGCGGCGGCACCUGUGCACCGAUGGACGGGGCGGACGUGGCGCCUGUGGAGGCGACUCUGGCGGCCCACUGGUCUAUCAGUGGCAAAAUGUCAGCCACCUGAUUGGGAUAACCUCGUUCGGUAGCGUUGGGGGCUGUGAGCUGGGUGCACCGACUGUCUACACCAGGAUAACCGCAUAUUUGCCAUGGAUCCGACAGCAAACGGGAAUGACCAACUAAAUGCAAUUAACGCCUAAUUGUUGGCCAUUAAUUGCUAAACAAUAUAGUCGGUCGGUCUGUUGGUCGCUCGGUUGGGUGGCCAGACAAUAAAACCAAUUUGAGCAGCCCAAGCCACAAUGAAAUGGAGUCCGAAGUGGGGCGGAGAGAGGAGUGGAGUGAACCUUCUCUUUGGUUAGGUGAAAAUGUUACUUUUUACGAGUACUCGAGGGGUGGAAUGCCAUGGAAAUUGUAUCGGAUAAAUAACAAUGAACAUCAGAAAUUUGGGAGCCAAUUUGGCCAGCAAGAGAGCACCAACAGGCAACACAAUAAAGAGGGACAAUAAAGAAGCAUUCCCCGUGAAUGAAAUUCCAAUGAAUUCAGUGUGGAAAUUGAA